AUGUCUGAUAUUGAAGCCCUCAAAAGCCAGCUUAGCCUUGUUGAUCAGGCAACAGAUAAUGCUACAUCAAGCCUCAGCCAGAGGACAAAUUAUAUCGGACUUGAUUGGGAAAUUGGAAUGGGCGUUUCAGCAAGUAGUGGCGAUACCAAUCCAGAUCCUUUCAUUUCCCUUAAGUUCAAGGGCGUUAAUAACAACGGAAAUAUUGAAGAGCAUCUUGUUAGACUUACUCCUCAGCAAUUUUCUGAAUUCGCUCAAAGUGUUUCUAGAAUGCAGAAAUCUAUCUCUUCUUAUAAUUAA